GGUGUGUAUGCGCAUGCUCAGUGGCGGUGUUGCGCUGUGAGACAGAGAGAGCGGAUCUGGGCUGGUUUGUUUACAGCAGGCUGGAGUUUAGAGAGAGAGACAGGCUGAGGGUAGAGAGACACCGCGCUGAAGCUCCGCUGUACCUGUCUCUCUCUCCGGGUAUGGGGGCUGCUGGGGGUCAGUGUGGGCUGUGGGCGCUGCUGGCGGCCGCGGCGCUGAGCCUGUGGCCGGGUGGAGGAGCUCUGUGGGCGGAGCAGGUGGCGGUGGUGGAGGUGCUGGUGGAGCAGGACUCUGGAGGGGUCCUGCAGGGCCAGCUGCUGCAGGACAGCCUGAACAUCCAGGACCAGAGACCCCCAGGCCUUCAGGGAGAUCUCAGACUGAUCCGUGUGGAUGAUGAAGAGAAUGAGGCGAUCAGUCGAGAGGAUGACGAUGAUGAUGUUGGUGAUGGUGAUGAAGGUGCUGCUGAAGAACAGAAGAACCCGUGGAUUGGGGUGGUACCUGUUGAGAUGGAUGAAGGUGGCGCUAAUUCUAACGGCAACCAGGAAUCCUUUGCUUCUGCUGUGGUCAACAAGAUGAAGAGAGCUCUGGUUUUGGGGGCGUCUGCACUCAUAAUCCUCGUCCUCAACCAGAACACAGUACGAGAGAUGGAUCUCUCACAGGUUCUUUCCAAGCCAAUCAUCAUCAUUCAGACGUCAGAAAACGUCACCAAACUCAUCGGUGCUCUACUCAGAGGUCUUCGCGCAACUGCAAAAAUCACAUACAAAACAUUCCUACAGAAUAACCUGGGGGCCACUCUGACCCUGUGGUCGAGCUGUGGGCGCUCCAGAGGGGGGCUGUACGGGGAGUGGCAGGGGGUGAUCUGCACUGGAGAGAUUAACUCACCUGUACAGAAGUAUCUGCAGCAGCUGUGGAACACGGUGGUGCUGGUGGCUCUGAUUCUGUCCACUGGGGUCAUAGUUCACGCCCGCUGGCAGUACCAGGACAACCAGUUCAACGAUGACCUGCAGCUGCAUCCGAAGCCGGAUCUGCUGAAGCUGCUCUCCUCAUUAAAGACCCGAAAGUACCGUCAGCCCAAAGCCUGGAGCGACCCCACACACGGCCAGCCGGAGACGGAGAGCUGCGCGGUGUGCCUGGAGCAAUACCUCAACAACCAGUGUUUGCGGGUGUUGCCGUGUCUUCAUGAGUUCCACAGAGACUGUGUGGAUCCGUGGCUUCUGCUGCAGCAAACCUGCCCUCUCUGCAAACGCAGUGUACUCGGUAAUUUCUGUUGAGGAGGAGCGGGCUCCCUCUGACGGGUCGGUACCGGGACCGGAUUCUCUCCAGACAGUGCCCCCUGUCUCUCCUGUCUCUCCGGACCCUGUACUGCACUGUACUGUACUGUAAAUCCGGGGCGUCUCCGGGAGAAUGACCCUUGACCUCUCCAGAGACUCCUAACCUCCAUGUCUGACCUCUACAUGACCCUGAGGUUCCAGCUUCCUUAAAGUAAUUAAUGUGCUACAGAUCUCUGGACUGGACUACAGCCUCUACUGUGUGUUUUAAAGACUGGCAACAGCAGGGGGCGCUACACUGCUUUACUGCAUUACUGAUUUACUGCUUUACUACCUUAAUGCUUCUUUCUUUCCCGCCAAAAAUAUUCACUUCAGUGUUUUUUUUUGAGGUUUAGGCAUAUUGUAGCUAAACACUCGCCACACUGGGGUUUAGCUAGUCAUUGAAGCUAAUGCUAAUUAUUACGCUAAUUUUUUAAAAAUAGUUUGUUCAGCUUUAAUUUUUAUCCACCUUAUUCAGCAUUAUAAGGAGGAGCUGCGUCUGUGGUUGAAGAGCCACAUUUACAACAACAUCCACCCAAACCUUCAUACCUGGAGCCGCACAAUAUAUUCUUUUAGUAUUUAUAUUGCAAUGUACAUACGUGCAAUAGUGACAGUGCAGAACUUUUUUUUGUUGAUUAAAGGAGAACUCCUGGGUAAAAUGGACUUUGGCUGUAAACAAGCUUUAGACUGGAUGAUAUGGGGCAUAUUUUUUACCCCUGCAGAUAAAUCGCUUUUUACACCAUUAUCCAUGUUCAAAGUAGCUCCACACUUUAUUGCUAAAAUCGGCCGGAGAGCUGUGACAUGUAAAAAGAGGCAUUAAUAACCUAAAAACUGUACAAGAAGUUUAUAAAAAAAAAAUCCUGGAUAAUGAUGUAAAAAGCGAUUUAUGUGCAGGCACAAAAAAUAUGCCCCAUAUUAUCAAGUCUAAAGCUUGUUUGCACAAACUGAAUAAAAUUACUGGAUUUCAGAAAGCUGUAGGAGAGCAGAGGUGAGCUAUGCAACAAAGGUUAGUACUCUUUAUCAUGUUUUACUACACCAAAAGUGAAAAAAAAAAUUACACCGGAGUUCACCUUUAAUACAGAGAAUAAAAAAUAAAACACGGUUCUCAUUUUAAAUGACAAUACCUACCAAAUUAUUUAUGAUUAUCUACCUAAUACCAUUUAUUAUACUCUAAUCACUGAAUGCAACAUUCUUUUAUUCUUUUUAUAUUUUUAUAUCGCUAUAUACUAUGCUUGAGCCGUUUAAGGGUUCUGUCACUUUAAUAAUGCAAAUAAGCUAUUGCAGGCCACGCCCCAUGUUUACAUUGAAUUUUAACCACAUGUUACCGUUAGCUUGUGCUUGUUCUAGAUCUAGUUCAUGCUUAACUGUGAUAAAAGCACAAAACUCAUUAUUUGAAAAUGUUUAUCUUGCAUCUCUCUGAUCUGCUCACUCUCCACAGACAGUGGGUAUAGAUCCCUCCCUCAGACAAAGUCUGCUGGCUGAUCGUGCUGUGCACUGUCUUAAGUGUCUGAAGUUGGGUGUAUUUUUAAAUGUAGUUUUAAAUUUAGUGGGUUCAACCACAGAUGUAGCUUCCACCCAAAUGAACUUUUGAAAGUGGGCUUGGCAGAAUAAGGUGGAUAAAGCAGAAUUUUUACAGUUAUGCAGUUACAAUCUACCUAAUGUGAAUGUGCAAGCCUGUACAAUAAUGAUAUGGCCCUGGCAAAACCACGCCCCCUGCCAUGCCCCGCCCCUAAAUCAUCUCUGCUUCCAAAAGACUUUACCUUAUUAACACACACACAUUGAGCUCAGGGUGUGUGUGUGUGUCGAGUGUGUGUGUUAGCACCCGUCAGUGCUAACCCUUUAUUUAUUAUAAUAUUAGUUAUCAUAUUCUGAUUUUCUUAAGCAUGGCUAAAGCAUUGUUUAGCCUGGUAUGAAUAUACAAUAUAUGGGCAUGUCAAAUAAUGUUUUACUUUAAAAGUAGUAAAGUUUUAGUACUUCAGUACUGCUCAGUUUUUACCGCAGCCCCCAAUUCUGGAUGUUUACCUACUGCAGCAAGUUCUUUACUAUUUAAUGUAAUUAUAUAUUUUUAAAAAUGAAAUCUGACAUCAAAAUAAAACGUAACAUUUUAGCACGCAACAUUUCAGUUCUCACUACGGAAGCAGUGCCAUUUAACCUUAUUUUUAAACUGUAUUUUUAUAUAAAAGUUAGAUUUUCACAUGUAACAAUUCGAUUUUGCUAGUAAAUAGUCUGUUAUACUGUAUAAUCAUGUCUAUAUUUACUUGUUUUCUUUAAAAAAAAAAUAAUUCACAUCUCUGUUUCACAGUAGUAAAAAUAAAAAAGUAAAAAUCUUCCAAAUUUAUAAAUUUUAAUUAGUAAGAACUGAAAUUUUUGCAAAUAUCCAUAGGAUUUUAAUUUUAACAGCUAGAAUCUUAACACUUGACAACAUUUUACAUCAAAAUAACAAUAAUUUCUUAAUUUUUAUUUUAACUUUAAAUAUAAAAUGAAAUAUUUUCAGAUUGCAAAAUUCAUUAUUACUAUACUUUUAUUGGAAAGAAAAAGCAAAAGUAUUAUAUUUCUUUAAAAGAUUGGAUUGACUUUAAAUGUAAAAUGUUGUAAUGCACUUUUACAUUAAUUCCAACAUAUUAAACUCAUUUUAACACAUUUAAUGAACGUGUUUUACUAGUAGAAUUCACACUAUUAAAAAAAAAAGAAUAAAAACAUUAAUUUUACCUUGGAAGUUAUUUUACUCCAUAUUCAGCUUUUAUUAUAUUGAAAUUUUAUACAAUUAUUUGACAAUAAAUUUUAACAUGAAAUACUUUUUUAAGACAAGUAAAACAUUAUUUUAAGAUAUAAAAUAGUUUUUUUUUAUGUUUGCAUUUAAUUCAGAUUCUUUCAACCCAAUUACAUUCAAUUCAUUAAAUUAAUGAAAAUGUGUUUUGAAAUAACUCGAAUGCUUCCCAGUAAGAACUAAAAUCUUGUAAAUCGCUACUGAAUUUUUACUUUAAAUCUAUUUAAAGUUUAUUUAAAGCAAAUGCUUUAAAUUAACUUGCUGCAUCCUGAACCACCACUGUUACUGCAGCUCCCCAUCCUGCAGGAGAAUACAGUACUGUCUUUAAUAUGGGUUUAAUGUGAGGAAAAACAUAUCACACACACACACACACACACACACACACACACAAACGGAGACGGUGAAAAGUCUUAAAAACAGUAUUUAUUGUUUCUAAUAUGAAUUAUAAUCUUGUAAGAUCUUAAAACUCAGAUCCUGUUCUUGUUUUACUGUGUUUGUUUUUUAUUUGUCUGUUGUGUGUAUGGGGAAAGGGGCGGAGCUUAGCCAUAGACAUAGCUGUAACAAACACACACACACACUGCAGUUGGCACUCUGAACUCUUCAGCUGGUAAAAGCAGAAAGACCUGCAGAAGCUCCAGAUGAUCAGAAGACUCUGAUCUAACAUCAGAUCCUGCAAAGUGAUUGGCUGAGAGGCGUUCUAUGAGUGCCGUUAUCAGCCGGUAAUGCACUGUAACCGAAACUCUCCGUGUAUUACUCUUACUCCGCCACAUACAGGUAACCUAGCAACGAUGCAGCGCUUACAAGCCAAACAGCGCAGCUACAAACAGAGCAGCAAUGGAACUAUUUUAACUGGCAGAGUUUUUAUAACCAAUCAGAUCCUAUUUUCUCCUCCUCAUUAAUUCUUUAAAAUCUUUCAAUAAACAGCGAUAAUGGAACUGUGGUAUAAUCACAAUAAUACACUCGAGGUUCAUGUUAUAACAUGUAAUAUUGGCACUGCUGUGCUGAUCUACUCUAUAAUCUUUACAGCAGUGCCAAUUUUACAGGUUAUAGCACAAACCUUGAGUGUAUUAUUGCGUAAUUAAUCCAGUUAAAGAGUUGAAAUCACAAAGUUAAUUUUUUAAAUAUAAUUUUAUCCCCAUUUUACACUGCCAAUCCGAUACAUGUGAAGUCAGACUCCGCCUCUUUUUGAACUGCUGCUGAUGCAGCAUUGCCGAGUAGCAUCACAGCGCUAACGCUCGGAGGAAAGCAGCGCAGCGACUCGGUUCUAAUACAUCAGCUCACAGACGCAGCCUUGUGCUGAUCCACAUCACCCUAGGAGUGAUAAGGGGAAGGAGCACCAUCUACUGUAACCACCCAGAGAGAGCAAGGCCAAAUGUGCUCUCUCAGGGCUCUGGCAGCUGAUGGCAAACUACAUAAACAGGAUUCGAACCAUCGUUCAUUCGAAUCACCAGAAAAUGUCCAUUUAUAUAAUAAACAAUGCAUUAUAAAAUAUUGAAAAUA